AACAAGAUUAAAAAAAAAAAUGUGUGCGUCGCGUCUGUUUAAAGAUGGCGUAUAGAGAAAUCAAGUGAAGGGGCUGUGUUAAAACCCAGACGAAACCUCCGAUCGCCUUCCUCUACAUACACCAAUACACGGCGGCUAUACACAGAGCUUUAAUCAUCUCUCGAUGACUCUAAGCCGUUUCUCCGACAACCACCACAAACGGAAAUUCGACGAUAACGGCGUUGUUGAUAACAACAUCCUCCAGAAGAUGAAGAGGCACGAGCUCGACGCCGAUCACACCUCCCCGUCGCAACAACCCUUCCCUCCUUGGAGAUCCGAUGAGAAUUCCGCCUCGAACCGGUCCUCAUCCCAAUCCUCCUCCUCUUCCUCCACCGAGUCUCCAACUCGCUCCGAGUCAACUCGGUUACAGCUCUUCGUCCGUAUGAUGUCAGGAGGGAAGACGAUCGUGAUCCACGCCGACAAAAACGACACCGUUGAGACUCUCCAUAAUAGAAUCGAGUUCAAGACCAAGAUUCCGGUUUCGGAGCAGAGAGUUAUCUACAAAGGGAGGCAGUUACAGGACGAUCGCCCCCUCAGCUACUACUCAAUCGAGCAGGACUCCUCUCUCCACCUCGUCGGCCGUAUGCGGAGCACGGAGCAUCCCGUCGCUUGCCAAGUUGUUGAUGACAUCAUGUACAUUGUCUCAAGAAUGCUCAGAGGAGAUAACAACAACUCCCCUCCUCUCCCUCGUGGCAUGUCUAUCAACGAGAAGCUAUCUUCCUUCUUCUCCACGAUACCUGGAGAAAGCGAGGAGAGUUCUUCGACUGAGAAUUAUCUCAAUAUCUUCACGAGCUCUUCCGUGCCAGCGGCUCUGGUUAUGUUGUAUGUUUCUCCGUUAGAAGCUAACAGAAUAUGUGGGGAGAGUUCGGUUAAGCUCUUCUUGAAUAGCUGUUUAGCAUUGCCUGAUGAACUUCAAAGCUGUUGUUUACCCGUUGUGUUGGAGUUUUGUAGAUUGCUUAGGAGAGUUUGUCCUCACAACGGUCUUUACGGAUCGUGCAGGAACGCGUUGGGAACGUUGCUGGAGACGGUUCAGGAGACUGUUGAUAAGUCUGAAGCUGGUUUUACUAGUUUACAUUAUAGAUUGCUGUCUGUUGGGGAAGAGAUUUUGCCUUGUUUGAGCGAGUUGGCUGAUCUCAUGGAGCAGCAGUUGGUUGAUGAUAGCUUAGGGCCUAGUUUGUAUGAUGUUCAGAAAUUCUCUUCCUUUUGGAAGCCCUUGAGGUAUGCUAUUGAUUUCCAGCUUUCUAGUUUGAUCCCUAUAGCUUUGCCUCUGAGGAGUACUGUUCUGGAGGCGGAGGUGGGGCGGGUUAGGCAGAUAUUUGGGAGGUUGUUGACUACGAUGAAUAUCUGUUUGUUGAGAAUUGAGUCUUCGUUGGGGAGAAGAGAAGCUAUGGCUUUGAAGUGGGGACAGUAUCUCGCUGUUCUGAAGAUUGUUAGUUCGAUGUCUGAACUCUAUCUAGGUGGUAAGGAACAGGUUGUUAGUCUUAUUAAUUCCAUGAAGGUUCCGUUCUGCGCGCUCAUUUUGAAGUUUGUGAAAAGAGGGGAUGAUCAUGGGUGGAUCUCUGAGUACAAGGAAGCUACAACCUUUGAAUGUAGGAGGCAUUUGGCGUUGAUGCUGUUUCCUGACGGUAAAGAAGACUAUACGGAGAUGCACGAAAUGCUCAUUGAUCGGUCAGAUUUGUUAAAAGAAGCCUUUGAGUAUAUCUCAAAGGCGAGCCCAGGGGGACUUCUUGGUGGACUGUUUAUGGAAUUCAAGAAUGAGGAAGCUACAGGUCCUGGUGUGUUGAGAGAAUGGUUCUACUUGGUUUGUCAGGAGAUAUUUACUCCGGGAAGAACACUCUUCCUUCGAUCUGCUGAUGAUUUCAGAAGAUUCUCUCCAAAUCCAGCAUCCAAGGUGGAUCCAUUGCAUCUUGAUUACUUCAAGUUUACUGGUCGUGUGGUUGCUUUAGCUUUGAUGCACAAUGUUCAAGUAGGGGUGCUAUUCGAUCGUGUCUUCUACCUACAGUUGACCAACCAGACAAUCUCUUUGGAAGAUAUCAAAGACACGGACCGAAUCAUGUACAAUAGCUGCAAACAGAUUCUAGAGAUGGAUCCAGUGUUUUUCGAUUCAAACGCAGGUCUCGGUCUAACUUUUGUGUUGGAGACAGAGGAGCUAGGGAAAAGGGAGACAGAAGAGCUAAAACAAGAUGGGAAAUACACAGCUGUUAACAGCGAGAACAGGGACGAAUACGUCGAGCUCCUGAUCAAUAAACGAUUUGUCACAUCAGUCUCCGAGCUAGUGGAGAAAUUCUCAGAGGGGUUCUUUGAUAUACUCUCGGUUCCUGUGCAGUCUUUCUUCCGUCACUUACAUCUAGAGGAUUUCGAUGGGAUGCUUCGUGGAGGAGAGAACCAGAUAAGUGUAGAUGAUUGGAAAGCGCAUACAGAGUACAAUGGUUUCAGAGAAACCGACCGCCAAAUAGACUGGUUCUGGAAGAUUCUGAGGAAGAUGACAGAGGAAGAACGGAGGAGUGUGCUCUUCUUUUGGACAUCGAAUAAGUUUAUACCAGUGGAAGGGUUUAGAGGGUUGUCGUCUAAGCUUUAUAUCUACAGGUUACAUGAAGCUAAUGAUCGUCUUCCAACGUCUCACACUUGCUUUUACCGUCUCUGUUUGCCAAAGUACCCGACGAUGGGUCUCAUGGAACAGCGACUAAGGUUCAUCACUCAAGAUCAUGUCAGCUCCAGUUUCGGUAAAUGGUGAAUAAAUUAUCAACGUGAUCUCUCUCUCUGAUCUUUAGGUUCUUAGAUUGGUGCGUUUGGUGUAUAUAUUAUUUAUCUGUGGUCAGCCUCUGUUUAUGACCGGGAGAGAAAGGUGAACCUUUCUUAACUUCUGCUUCUUUAACUUUUGGAUAAAAUAAUUAAUUUUAUGGUAGGGAGAAUGAAAAGUUUAAAAACCA